AUGGUUACUACCCGUAGUUCUAAGGCUCAAGCCGCCAACGACCAGACGCCCGUCUGUCCGUCCCAGGCCCCCAAUGGCGCUCCGGUUGCUCGUUCCGGUUUUCAGGCCGUUCUCGCUGGCCCAGCCUCUUCGGCCUCUCCCGCCGAACUUCAUGCAAAUAAAUUCAUGAUUUCAGGACCGGUGCGUCCCUUCACCCCGGUAAACUCUCCAGAGACUAAGGUUCCUGUGCCGAUUCACCCAUCGACUGUGGCCCCGGAACCAAGUCGUGUCGGCCAACAUGUCGAUCCUCAUCUAGUUCAAGAGGGCAUCAACUUCUAUCCCCUCCAAAGCCGCUGGUCCCCGGCUUUCACCCCAUCAGUUGGAAACUUCCCUCCCGGACUCCGAAGUCCCGACUUCCAUUGA